GUUGAGGUUGAGUUUUAUUAAAAGUUGAAGUUUCGUGUGAAAAUUUUCUUCAGAAAUUAACUGUUUUUUAUAUGAUAGAUAAAUAAUAGUUGUAGAAUUCGUUUUAUAUAUAAAAGACGUGUAUUAAUGUGUGACUGUGAUAGUACAUUGAAUUAUAAUAGUGCAGACUGAAAUUAAGUUAAAAUGGCGAUUUGAAGAGCAAUGGUGGACAUAUGAAACUUUUCUACAUUAGGAACCUUCACAAUGGAAGACACUUCUCUAAAUCUACAAAACGGCGGACAAAUGGGGCCCCAGGGCGGUUCUGUAGUCAAUAAUAAACAAAAUGAAGAUGUUAAUCCCAAGGCUCAUUAUUCUAUACCGGGUAUCUUACAUUUUAUUCAACACGAAUGGGCUAGGUUCGAGUUAGAAAGAUCACAAUGGGAGGUUGAUAGAGCUGAAUUACAAGCUCGAAUUGCAUUUCUUCAGGGAGAACGAAAAGGUCAAGAAAAUUUAAAGAAUGAUUUGGUGCGACGUAUCAAGAUGCUGGAAUAUGCUUUGAAACAGGAAAGAGCCAAAUUCCACAAAUUAAAAUAUGGCACAGAGUUGCAACAAGGUGAUAUGAAACCACCUGUGAUAGAUGAGUCUAGUGAAUCUCAAAUAGACAGUGACCAAUCGUAUGUGUCAGUAUCAAAUUCUACUUGGAAACAAGGAAGGCAACUUUUACGGCAGUAUUUACAAGAGAUAGGUUAUACUGAUCGAAUAAUUGAUGUAAGAUCAACGAGAGUUCGAUCCCUACUAGGUUUGAAUAAUAAUAAUGCUGAUCAAGAGGACAACCAAAAUGGUAGUGGAAUUAACACCAAUGAGUCAAACAAAAGGGCUAGUGAAACACAAGGUAGGCGAACUCCUGCAAAAAAGGCUCAACCAAGCUCUCUAGCAGAAGCUAUGAUAUUAGAUACAGAAGCUGCUGUGAUGGCAAAUUUAGACUUUCUGUCCAAUACCGAUGUCGACAUGGAUGAUGAUGAUGACAUGAGCGAUGACGUCGAUAUUGAACCAUCAGAUGAUAUUGAAGAUGACGUCAAGUUGGGCAAAAAAGAUAAAAUGGAUAAUGAUUUAGGUUUAGGCGAUGAUGUUGAUGCAAUAGCCUUAGAAGUGUUCAACGAACUCAAUAGACUCUCCGAAGCAGAGAAAAAACAAGACAGUAAAACUGAACAAGCUGAUUGGAACAAAGCCAAGAGACCUAUAGGAAUGAAUGAUGAAGAAAAUGUAGACUCAUCACUUGGUUUGGGGGAAUUAGCUCAGUUAACUGUUAACAAUGAUGCUGAAUCGACAUAUGAUAUUGCUAGUAGUAAGGAGGCCUUCAGAAAGACCUGGAAUGCUAAAUAUACAUUGCGUAGUCACUUUGAUGGUGUAAGAGCUUUAGCUUUCCAUCCAACAGAACCACUUUUGAUAACAGCUAGUGAAGACCAUACUUUAAAAUUGUGGAAUCUCCAAAAGACGGUUCCAGCAAAGAAGAGUGCAUCAUUGGAUGUAGAACCACUAUAUACAUUUAGGAGUCAUACAGGUCCCGUUCUUUGCUUAGCUAUUUCGGGAACUGGAGAGCAUUGCUACUCAGGGGGAUUAGACGGCACUAUAAAUUGUUGGAAUGUUCCUAAUUCCAACAUUGAUCCAUACGAUUUGUAUGAACCUGAUGUUUUGAAUUCUACGCUUCAUGGUCAUUCGGAUGCUAUUUGGGGAUUAGCAGUUUUAAAUUCUAAACAGCAGUUAUUGUCAUGUUCUGCCGAUAAAACAGUCAAAUUGUGGGCGCCGCAUUCUAAGCAACAAUUGUUGUCGACUUUUGUUUCCGAUGUAGAUGGCAUUCCUUCAAGUGUUGCUUUUGUUAGGGACGAACCUAAUCGAAUUGUGGCAUCUUAUUCUAGUUUAAACUGUGUCAUAUUUGAUACGGAAACAGGAAAACCUGUAACUCGUUUAGAAUCCACUGCCCCUGAUGGUGUAAAUAGCCGUGCUAGACAAAUAAACAAGGUUGUUUGUCAUCCAACACUACCUCUAACCAUCACUGCUCAUGAGGACACACACAUUCGAUUUUGGGAUAACCAUACUGGAAAAAUGGUGCAUUCAAUGGUUGCACAUUUGGACGCUGUUACCAGUUUAGCUGUAGAUCCAAACGGACUUUAUAUACUUUCAGGAUCGCACGAUUGUUCAAUUCGGUUAUGGCACUUGGACAACAAAACUUGUGUACAAGAAAUAACUGCUCAUCGUAAGAAGUUCGAUGAAAGUAUUCUAGAUGUCGCUUUCCAUCCAUCAAGGCCAUAUAUAGCCAGCGCGGGCGCAGACGGCUUGGCCAAAGUGUUUGUGUAAAAAUACAGAAAAAAUUUGUGUACUUGUGUUAAACUGUAUCUCGAACUUCUCCGUAUACUAUGAACCGUUACGAAAGUGAUUCAUAAUUAUUUGGUCAU